AUGGCCAGCGUGCUGGACCCACCACUAGUGUCAAUAAAUGAUCCGGAUGCUGAUUUGUGGAUGGUUGGUUAUGCCAUUCCGUCUGGAUUGUGUUUUUUGCUUUGCUGUCAACCACAAAUAACAGAGUCAUUGUUAUGGAGGAGAAUGGCUGAUCUGCAUGUGCUUGUAGCCUCUACAUUUGGAGUCAUUCUGGGCUGGAAACUUUAUAAAGAGGGAAUUACAGACAUUUUCCAACAAGAGGAAGGAAGAGAAUGUUGUGGACUCACGUUGACAGUUUUCUGGCUGCUGUUGUGUCGACAUUCAGGAAGGAGCUCUGUGGGCUCUGUGAGGAUCUGCACUGCUGUGGGAAUCACUGUGUUUCCCUUCAUCACAUGGAUCUAUUACUACAUGAACACAGAGCUGAGGAAACACUGGCCUGAACACUGUACAACUGCUCUCUGAUCAGACAAAACACUCAAGAAACUGCAUCUGAGCUCUAGAUCAGCACAACAUACAGAUGAACUGAACUUGAAAGUACACUUCUGUUUGGCAGUUUUGUCUUUAAACAGACUGAUAAUAUGACACAAUAUGAUCGUAAAGUCAUUUUGAAUAAGCUUUAAAUGUUGGAAAAUAGACCCUCCAGUUCUAAAAACAUGAUGAUGAAAUUAGUUUGAAAUUAGUCUUUGUUAUCUCCUGAAAUAUAAACAAUAUAUUAUAUGUCCUAAUGCA